CGCGGCAGAGGCGCAUUGUUAGUCGGAAAUGGGAAAACCCUGAGCCGUGAGGUUGUCGCUGCUGGCUUCACUGGAGUAUAGAGAGUUACACGACGGCAAAGAGAGGGAAGAACAAGCAACCCUGGAGUUUUAUGCAGCGGAGACGUUAGUUCUUGGAGUUUUUCGCCAUGAGCUGGGGAACGGAUCUUUGGGACCAGUUCGAGAAUCUCGACAAACACACGCAGUGGGGGAUCGACUUCCUAGAGCGCUAUGCAAAGUUCGUCAAGGAGCGUCUGGAGAUCGAGCAGGUCUAUGCAAAGCAGCUUCGGAGUCUGGUUAAGAAAUAUUGCCCCAAGCGCGCAAAAGAGGAUGAGCCCAGGUUCACAUCCUGUCUGUCAUUCUACUCCAUACUGAACGAGCUGAAUGACUACGCAGGUCAGCGAGAGGUCGUUGCCGAGGAGAUGGGGCACAAAGUGUAUGGGGAGCUGAUGAGGUACUCACAGGACCUGAAGGCGGAGAGGAAACAUCAUCUCCAGGAGGGACGGAAGACCCAACAGUAUCUAGACCAGUGCUGGAAACACAUGGACAAUAGUAAAAAGAAGUUUGAACGGGAAUGCAAAGAGGCAGAAAAAUCACAAAUGAUCUACGACAGGCUAGACAAUGACAUCAACGCCACAAAGUCAGAGGUGGAAAAGGCAAAGUCCCAGCUGUAUCUGAGACAACACAUGGCGGAGGAGAGCAAGAACGAGUAUGCAGCCCAGUUGCAGAACUUCAAUGCUGAACAGUGGAAGCAUUUCAACGUGGCCAUCCCUCAAAUAUUCAAGAAUCUGCAGGACAUGGAUGAACGGCGGACGGUCAAGCUUGGGGAGACGUACCGGAGUUUUGCCGAUGUGGAACGAAGAGUCAUUCCCAUUAUCUCAAAAUGCCUGGAGGGCAUGGUGACCGCUGCUAAAAAUGUGGAUGAGCGUAGGGAUUCUGGGAUUGUAGUGGAGUCGUUCAAGUCGGGGUUUGAACCCCCGGCUGAUUUCCCUUUUGAGGACUUCAGUCAGAACAUCCAGCGAACAGGAUCAGAUAGUACCAUUGGGACCCCCAAAACAGAAGGAGGCAAACCGGACCCCAAACACGCGAUUAGCAGGACCAAAAACAAACUCUGGCUUUUUGGGAAGAAACCCAAGCUUCCCCCAUCCAACCCUCCUCCUUCCCGCCCAAGUAUUCCCUCUGGCCAUAUCCAGCCUCCUAAAUUCACAAAAGAGCGAAAGGCUAACCAUCUAUCUGAAGCGAGAAAUGCAAAAUCUAAGAUUCCAUCCUUCCGAACUGUGAAAAGAGGGGCGCCAACACUGGAGGAUCUCAGCCAUCUUCCCCCUGAACAGAGACGCAAAAAACUUCAACAGAGGAUCGAUGAGCUAAACAAAGAACUACAGAAAGAAAUGGACCAAAGAGAUGCUCUUAACAAAAUGAAAGAUGUCUAUGAGAAGAAUCCUCAGAUGGGAGAUCCUGGAAGUCUCCAGCCCAAGAUUUCAGAGACCAUUUGCAACAUGGAAAAACUCCGCUCUGAGAUCCAUAAAAAUGAGAGUUGGCUGGCAGAGGUUGAAGGGAAGCAUGGAUCCCGUGGUGAGCGGCGGCCCAGCGCGGAUGUGAACCACCACACACCCCACGGCAGAGAGAGUCCUGAAGGCAGUUACACAGAUGAUCACAGUCAGGAGCAUCGGUCUCCACCGCAGCCAGACCCGCACGAAUUUGAUGACGAGUUUGACGACGACGAUCCUCUCCCUGCCAUCGGCCACUGCAAAGCUCUCUACUCUUUUGAUGGCUCUAACGAAGGCACAUUGAUUAUGAACGAGAACGAGGUGCUGUACGUCAUAGAGGAAGAUAAAGGCGACGGAUGGACGCGGGUUCGGAAAAAUAGCGGAGUGGAGGGCUACGUCCCCACGUCCUACGUGGAGAUCACACUGGAGAAAAACAGCAAAGGUGCGGUCACCUACAUAUGACAUCACCCACGGCAGCGUCACCUAGUUAUGACAUCAUACAUGGGGGAGUGUGUGUCAGAUUUACCGUGACUCAUCAAGCGCAGCUCGGCCGACUGCCAUAUGCUUUUGUUCACUGUGUGAGCCCGAGGACAAACACACUCACACUGUCGAAAGUGACUGUAUUUCCUCUACACUGCGACUGCUGCAGUGGAUCAAUCUGUAGACUUGUAGAGAUUUUAUUCCUUUUUAAUAAGUGUUUUUAAUCAGUUUUAUAUCAUUGGAGCAAAACUGAACAAAAUGCAUAGGCUCCUUUUCAAACGUCUUCUUGUCUGAGAGAUGAGUUCCUCAUUUUAUUCUUGUCAAACUUUAAUCGACUCCUAAUUGUUAAGAUUUCUGUGUUUUUAUACAUGUUGAAACUUAAGUACUCUACUCGGAGCAUCUCUGCAUUGUUACCACAGUCCAAUCAUUUGUUCGAUUCAGACCUUUCAGUUCAUGUAGUUUCCAGUUCUUCCACCUUUCUUUGAAGUGUUAUGUCCUUGCAGCUAAAUUUCCCCUCAUCAUAGCGCCAAAUCUGUUUCCCUGCGAGUCCUACUCAUCCUCCUUUUUAAAUUUAAGAUAUAAUACAAAAGCAAUGUGUAACUUCUGAGCAGCGCUCAGUUUGGCUGGCUCACUAUCGGCCUGAAUCUUUUUUUCUCUCGCUGGUCAAUCUUUGUUGUCGGUGGACCUGUCAAUGACUCCUGUCCUCUCUUUUCUCUCUGUGGCUACAGGUUCCUGAUUGGAUGAGUGGGGUUCUGUGGUGUUUGGUGGACGGGACUCACUGCUGUGGGUCUGUUAGUGGGGCGGUGGGGCGAUUUUAAGACCGAAAUUGUGUUGGGGCAGGUUGCAUGUGUGCAUGCUGUUUGUCAUGGUCAUUAACAUCAUUCCAUUCCAGCAGACGUUCCAGAGAUAUUGGGGAACCUAAGGAGAGUCGUUGCCUGACACUAACAUAUUCAGGGGAAUGUUUCGCCUGUACCAUCAGCAUAACAUGCACCUGCAUGAUCCACAGCCUUUCAUUCCUCAUUCCGUGCAGACAAAUCAAUCCCUUAAUAGGUUUAACCACUUAUCUCAACUACUCGCGUCUUGUUUGUGUGUCCGUUUUCUCUUUUGACUACGUUUCUUCAUUGAUGCAUUCCAUGUUAACCAUGAUCUGAAUCUCUAAAGCAUGACCAAUCAGAGUAAAGGAAGCAUGGUGCUACAGUAGCCAUUCCAACAGUCCCCACACCCACUGGCCCCGCCCCCUUUGCACAGUCCGCUGGAUGGAAGGAGCCCGGUGCAGUUCUGCAUUUGGCCAGCAGGGGGACCCAACACCAUAUCAAACGAGCGGAGGAAAUGCCAGGACCCGUGAACACCAACCCAUCAUCUCUGCCUUAAUUACAGGCCUCUGUAUGGAAACUAAAAGCAUAUAGGGGUCUAUCUUGGCUUUCGCCAUUUCUAGUCCAGCUCCUGGUUUCACAUGUGCAAGAACAUGCUCACCGUAACUAGCAAGGACCACACGUCUCCAGAAGUGCUUGUAUUUGUGAAUGUGAUUCUUGCAUAUAAAACUGUGUAUGCAUAUGGAUGCAUAUGUAGAUACCUAGUUAGUUUUUAUUAUUAAACUGUAUGUAUUAACAUCUUUAUUUCAGAAUGAAUGUUUUUAUUGUGACUUUUUUUAAGGUUUUUUUUUUUUUUAACCAAACGAGUUACUUCAAGGCUUUGCUUGAAAGAACCGUGCCGUACUCAUUUUGUAACCAGUUCUUCUUCUUGUCUGAACUCUGUUCUCAGUAGGACCCCCUGGUCUUAACCGAUGCACUUUUUACCCUGUUGCAUUUGAAUUGGAUUAUUAGGGAGUGAAUGAUGUCAGAUGUGAAGGCUUGAUUUUGUGUGAAUGUGUUGUACAGUAAGACAACGUUGACCACUAUAUACUGGGGUUUGUGUUGGAGCAAGAGCAACCGAGAAAUAAAUACUUAUGUCUGUUUGUCUCGUUCA